AUGAGGGCUUCCGCCUUGUUAAGGCCGCCCGCUUCCAAACGGGCGCUACAACGCGUCUCGGCAGGUCGAGAGGGCCGACAGCGAGGUGUGUGCUGCGUGGUGAGGAGACCGACGCUUCUCCAAUACGGACGUCGCUACUCGACUCGAGACCGCCCCACGGAGCAGCUGCAUCAGCCACGCUCGUCCACUUUCUCCCCACGACCAAGACCACCUCGUACUUCGCAUGGAGCCACCUCCACGUCGUCGUUAAAUCUGCUUUCUCAAAAAGUGCGGCAGCAUCUCGCGGCGUAUCCGCUCUUGCCCACGGCUCCUGUGGCAGGCGAUGCGGAGCUUUGGGUGAUCGAUGAGCUACUGCAGCUGCUGUUGUCGCUUCCACCUGUCCAGGCGGACUCGGCGUCGACGGCGACCGCCGCUUCGUCCACGGCUGCCAGUCGUCUGCAUCCGCUGCUGUGUGUUCGAGUGCUGCAGCGUCUCGGCUACGCCGUGUGCGAGAACCACCGCCGCGGCAACACCAGCGACAACGGCACCAUGCUGAUGGAAAAAGGCUGGACCACGCGACACGUCUACCCCUCGUUCACGUUCAGCAGCGCCGCAACGGACCCCUCCGCGCCACCGCCGCUGUCGUCAUCGCUGUUCCGCCACGCACCGGCAUUGGCUGGUAUCACCGCGACGGUGCUGGGUCCACUGCUUCUGUUGCUGGGCGAUGGCACGCCUCCGCACCCGCCGCACACUCAGGUCGCACCUGUCGUUCCGAUUGUGGUGGAGUGGUUGUGUACGCUGCCCACGGCGGAGACGACGCUGCCGGUGGUGCAGUGGCUGCCGUGGGUGGCGGCGCAGUACAGAGAAGCGGUACACCAAGGCGAAGACAGCAGCGGCGUAGAGGCGGUCAGCGAAACAAAUAAGUUGAAGAACGACGGUGUGGUAGAGGCGCAAAGGCCGACUGCUCCUCCUCCACUGUUGCCACCUCUCGAACAGCUUCUCCCCCACCUCAUUCGCAAGCUUGCCCAGCACCUCAGCCGACAUGAAGACUUUUGUGCCGCUCCUGGUGACGGCGCUGUUUUCUUCUCUGAUGUGUGCGAGAGAGAGCUGUCGACGCUCUUUCGGUUGUGCGGCCACGCGUCCCCUUCUGUGGCGCCAUGGACGUCUGAGGUUACGGAGGUGGGUGCACCACCGGUCACGGCAACCUUAAGCGACGUCCUGUGGUGGAGUGGUGACGAGCCGCUCGUGCGCCUGGCUGGUGUUCGACGUGCCUUGGCGCAUGCGGUACUAAAGGAUGUUGACGCAUCGGCAGACGCAUGUCAUCCCCAGCCUUCUUUGGUGGAGGAAGGUAGCGUGGACGAUAGCGCCGGUGCCCGAGAGAGGGGCGGGCCUGAGCAAGCACAAACAUGGACAACUCUCGAGACAAAUAGCGGCAUCUCGCUUAUGCGCGUACCGGCAAACGCGCUGCAUCCCGUCUCGCCUACCGACGUCCGUCCAGUGCUGUCACUGCGACUGUCGGACGAUGACGCGUAUCGACGCUUCCUGCUGCGAUUAACGGCGCUGCAACACACCUUACUGGAAGAGCAGCAACAAGAACAGCAGCAGCGGCAACACACCGAUGCACCGGACACACGAGGCGCGGCUGUGGUGUUUCUGUCGCUCGAGUUGAGCGACGCUCUGUCGGAUGGAGGUCUGAAUUCGGCGGCGAAGCGGGACUCUCACGACGACCCAGACGUUGUCCUCCGCUUCAUUCAACCGUUACACGAAUACGUGCUUCUUUUGCGAGAUGGCCUGCCAGACGGAUCCUCUCCCUCACCCUCUCCCUCUCCUCUCCUCGCCGCGGUGGCGGCAGCACCGGUGCGCCUCACCUUCUCUGCGGUCAUACGGGUGCUAACAGCAGCCUUUCGCCGACUGGAAGAGCUAAAGCAGGAGAGCAGCUGCCGCUACGCCGCCGCUCCAAAUGCGGCGCUGCGCAGCACGCACGCACAAAGCACGUCGCCACCCUCCGCCGCUGGCGUGGCGACGACGGCGUACACGCUGCUCCCGCAAAAGGCGCGGCUGCACGCGCUGAAGCGCUUGUGUGAGGUGUUGCUGCACCACGUGCGGGACGUGCUGGCUGCGCGAGAAGCAGCCGCAACGGCCAGCGACGUGAACGCGUCGGCAUCAUCAUCACCGUCAUUCCCCGCGUUCAUGUGCGCACCACCGUGGUUUGUGGAGGUGGACGUGCGGCAACAAGAGGCGGUGCUGCGACGUCUCUGUGGUGCGGCGCGGGCUUUGGUGCGCGUAGUGAUGGAGGAGCGUCGCAUCAGUCUGUUAGAGGAGGGGCCGGAAGGCUCCGUCCUGUCGGCGUCAUCGAUCACCGCCGCACACCGCAAUCGCCUUGCCAGCACAACAGCAGCAGAGUCGAGUGAGGAGGUAAAGCCAGCCACGGCAGGCUCCGAAGCUGCAGCAGUAGCAGCGUCGACGGCGGGGGUGAUGAAAGCGCCGGAGAAGUGGACGGCCGCCGGUGUCGCCUCCUUCGAUCACACACUCCGCACCUUGGCGUUUCGGGUUGUGGAGCCGGCGGUGUGGCGUCUGUACGACGCCUGCGCGCAGCAUCAGGUAUCGUUGCCCUUGCACGUGCUGACCUUUGAAGAGUGGCUUUCGUACCUCAACAUCGCACUUGGUGAGGACACAGACGGUGGUGGUGGUGGUGGUCACACGACUCACAGCGGAGCUCCUAUUCCCCAACACCGCGGAGGCGAUGUGCCGAUGGAGCUGCACUCUUACAUCCCUGUCAUGGCUGCUGCUCGUGCGCUGUAUGAAAGCGUCGGCGAGCGAUCGGGUCUGCAGACGGCCCAGCAGAUUCUUCCUCGCCCCGGGCAGCAGUCCAUCUCUGCACUGGUGGAGGGCAUUCGACUCACCGCGCUGCAGUGCUGCUUCUUUGACGGCCUGCGCGGCAGUGCUGCAUCCUCCCUACCAGAGCAGCUGGACUACGUGGAGGCACACACGCGGUGGGUCCUCGCGCACACGAGCGCGGCGUUCUUCAGCGUGUGGCAGCGCACGUCUCAAACAGUUCCUACCCUGCGUGCAAAUGAUGUUGACGCUGCUGCCUCCAAUGGCGUGCGAGAGGCGCCGGAGACGGUGGAGGAUGGACAGCAACGGCUGCGGCACCGACUGGGACUGCUUACCCUGGCGCUGCACCUUCACGUUCUGCGCGUUCGCCAACGACUGAGCUUCACAAGCGCAGCGGGGCUCAGCAAAGCAACGUCGACCCUUCGUGGUGCAGCGGACAGCGCCGCCACUGUCUUUCCUUCGUCGCUCACGUCUCUCCUUCACUGCCUCAUCAGGGAGCCCGCCGGGGCAGCGGCUUCCACCUCCACCUCUGCUCGUUCAUUGCUGCCUGAUGGCCACCAACUUGAGAUGGACAGUAUCGACCGUGAUGAGUGGUCUUUGGUGUUGCGCAACGACGGUAUCCGGCAGGCGUGUCGGCUUCCCCCGCCAGGCAUGCCGUCCGGCUGCGCGUCGCUCUGGGAAUUGACGGAAGAACUGUUGUGGAUUGCCGGCCACGUGGGUGAAGGCGAGGCGAGUCGGCGGAAGGAGAGAGGCGCGACGUGGCGGUGGCUCGGCAGUCCAGAGGCAUUGUGGGGUGUUGUCGAGGAGCCCGCUGCUGCUGUUGUUGGUGCUGCUGACUCAAUCACAUCUCCCGUGGCCUCGUUGCCUUCUCGUUUCUUCCUUCUACCGUGGACGACGUUGGCGCGCAGUCACCAGCUCCUGCGUGUGUACGACGAGAGCGGGCAAAGCGAGCGUGCCGCUCGAGAGUGGGAGGCGGCCUUGCAGGUGUGGCUUACGGGAGGCGGCGAUGACGCUGCCAUGGAGGCUUCGAACAGCAUCGGCUGGCGGCCAGCGAAGCCAGUUGUCCGCCUUGUCAGUAUGGCGGAGGAGCUGCGCUUCUUUUCGUCGCUGCAGCAGGAGCCAAUGGUGCAGUUGGCGCCAGAUGUGCGCGUGGUCUGCGAGGGUGUGCGGAGGGAGGUGGAGGCGCUUGUCCCAACCGUGCGUCGUGAGCUGCAAUCCUCGAAGGAGCGUCGGGAGCGACUGGCAGACGCGGAGAGUCUGGGAGCGGAAAAGGGCUGGUACACGGAGGACGACUACGACGGACUGGACUGA